AUGUUUCGAUUCCACAAGUCGCUCGACAUUGUCACGGUCUUCCACAAGGCCAGCUCCCCAGCUUCCACCAGAGUUGCCAACCUGGUCAAGCAGAUCUCGGCCAAUGCACAGGCCGGAGCUACUAUUGACCAGGCCAGCGACCAUACCGCGCAGACGCAGCCGAGCCGAGACCCAUUCGAGCUCAACAUCACCGAGGAGCCUCCCACUGUUGAGCAGGUCCAGACAAUCCUCGACUACGUUGGCAAGCCCAGCAUAUCCAAGGUCAUAAAGGGCGCCCACGAUGAGAAGGAUGCGCUGAAGAAGUUCCGAGAGAGCAGGGAGAGCUUCUUGCGACCAGUGACUGUGGACUGGAACAAUGGAAAGGCCAUUGCCGGCGAUAAUGAGAGCGAGAUUCUGAAGAUGCUGAAGACGCAGAAGUCAGAGUAA